AAAAAAAAAAAUUCUCCAAAAGCGUCGUGAAAUUUCCUCUCCUCUGCACUGAGCCUCAGACGAGCCACGAAAGGUUUGGCCAUUGUUAUCUACUGGAAGGUUUGAGUCCAUCGCUCCCAUCUUCGUCAUGACCGUGACGGUGUCUCAGGGUGAAGGACUGACGGUCAUCAGCGUCACCUCAAACCCAAAGAGCAAAUGGCCCGUACUGUGUCAGAUUCUGGGCUUUCUGUGCUACAGUCCAGUGUGCUCUGUAUCUCAGGGUAUGAAAGGGAAGCUGAAGGACGUCCACACAGCUUUUGGAGUUGUGCACAUGAUAAUUGGCGUCCUCAAUAUUGUUGUGGGGAUUGUGUUCAUAAGUCUCGGGUUUUACUUGAACGUGUAUACGAUGGCCAACGUGCCCUUUUGGAUUGGUAGUGUGUCCAUUGUAAUUGGAAUCGUAUGCAUCCUCAUGGCGAAGUUUCCCUCUUCUUGUCUGCUGAGAAAUGGGAUCAUUCUAAAUAUAGUCAGUGCUGCAUUCUUCACUAUCACAGCUGUUGUACUGUACACAGUGGACAUGGCAAAUAUGCAUACAAGGUACAGCUGUGAAAAUUACAACGUCUAUGCUUAUGGUCCUGAAGGAAAUCGGAGAAGAGAGCUGUGUCUGGACUACAGGAAUGUUACCAAGAUGGUCCUCAGAGGACUAGAUAUCAUGAUGAUAGUGCUGUCGGUCCUUCAGAUCUGCGUGAGCAUCAGUUUCUGCGUGUUGACCGGGAAAGCUUUGUGCAAGAAGGAGGAAGAUGAAAAGUCGGUGGAGGAUCCAGAACUUGACAAGCCGCUGCUGGAAACGCGCGCCGCUGGUGCCGGUAUGAAAGGGAAGCUGAAGGACGUCCACACAGCUUUUGGAAUCAUCUUCAGGGGACUGGAAAUCAUGAUGAUUAUCUUGGUGGUCCUUCUGCUCUGUGUGACCAUCGGUUUUGUGUUUUGA